UUCUUCCCGAGUACCCAGUUGUCUUGGAACGACUGAAGUCAGAGAUGCCCGAGUUCCCAGUUGUUUUGAACGCAGCAUCCUUUUUUUUUUUGCCCCUGGUCUGCGUUUUGUAGUUUAUCGCUUCCCUCUCGAAGGCAACGGGUGACAGAUCUCUGUGGUUAUAGAUACCAGCCAGCAAAGCAACACAAACAUGGCGUUCACAUUCGCGGCCUUUUGUUACAUGCUGGCGCUAUUGCUUACGGCCGCUCUCAUUUUCUUCGCUAUUUGGCAUAUCAUCGCAUUUGAUGAACUGAAGACUGAUUACAAGAAUCCGAUAGACCAAUGUAACACAUUAAAUCCGCUCGUACUCCCGGAGUAUCUCAUCCAUGUGUUCUUCUGCGUGAUGUUCCUGUGUGCUGCUGAGUGCCUCACCCUCGGCCUCAACAUGCCACUGCUAGCCUACCACGUCUGGAGGUAUACGAGCAGGCCGGUGAUGAGUGGUCCAGGCCUCUAUGAUCCAACGACGAUCAUGAACGCUGACGUCUUGGCCUUCUGUCAAAAGGAGGGCUGGUGCAAACUGGCCUUCUACCUCCUCUCCUUCUUCUACUAUCUAUACGGGAUGAUCUAUGUGUUGGUGAGCUCUUAGAGGGGAAAGAUCUGCAUGUAGGAGAUAAAACUGGUUUCAGUGGCCGCAGGAGAAGCUGAAGUGGGACCUGCUGCAAACACCGACCACUCAAUGAUUCAAGAUGGCUGCCGUUUUCAAGAGACUGGAUUGACUCAACACCAACGAUGAGCGCCAUUAAUAAACAAAAACAUUUCUCCCCUUUUAAAAAAAAAAAAGAAUAUUGUCGCAGCUGUCCUCUCGUUCAAGUCAACACUAAAUGCUUUUUUGAGAGGAAGAACGACCGACCACAGAAUCAUUAUCUUGUCAUUAUUUAAUAAUCCCAACAGAUAUUCGUGCCGAUGUGCAUCGUCAGUUUAUAAUAGACAGACCACUCUGAAUCUAACACUUUAUUGACUAUUAGGAAAUGUGGAUGUGAAUUAGAUGCCAAGCAUUUAAAAUGUAUUUAAGGUAUGCAAUGGGGGGGGGGGGUUAAUUAUAAUUACAUAGUGAAAUUAUUUUCUUAUCCAGACACAUUGAAAACUGUAACUCACCUAAAUGGGUAGAGUAGUCUUGGUCACGGGGUGGAAAAUGUGUUGCACAGACGAGGACAAUCAGUAUGCUUGUCUUAUACUAUUCGAUAUGGUUUUAGGUUUGCCAUGCUUUCUGUCUUCUCAUUCUGCUUACAUAGCCCUUGUCAGUAGAUGCUGUUUGUGUGAAGCUGUAGCAAUCCCAAGAGAUUUCUGAUCAUGAAAAGUUCCUUACGAGGAAUACCUGUAAUGAGCUCAAAGAAAUGUUCUGUCAGUGCCCCCCCCAUCUAAACCACCAACUCCAUAAUAUUCUGUCAGU